UCUAUGACCAACGUGCUAGAUAAGAUAAGAUAAGAAGUAUUUUAUAAAUGGAUGAAGAAAACGAUACAACUGCAGUCAAAGAAGAAAGACCAGCAAGACCGCGAUGCUUUAUGGAUAUUUCAAUUGGUAAAUCAUCUAAUUCUAAAGAAGAGCAAGUGUUUCGUAUUAUAAUCGAAUUGUAUGCAGAUAUCUGUCCGUUGACAUGUGAAAACUUUAGAUGCUUAUGCACUGGCGAAAAAGGUACAAGUCAAAUUUCACAAAAGUUAUUAACCUACAAAGACUCAGUAUUUCAUAGAAUAGUUAAAAAUUUUAUGAUACAAGGUGGAGAUAUUAUUAUGGGGAAUGGUAAAUCAGGAGAAUCGAUCUAUGGAAAGCAUUUUGAUGAUGAAAAUUUUGAAAUAAAACAUGAUAGACCAUACAUCCUAUCAAUGGCUAACAAAGGAAAGAAUACUAAUUCAUCCCAAUUUUUUAUAACAACUAUCCCUGCUCCCCAUUUAGAUGGUAACAAUGUGGCAUUUGGCCAUGUCGUUUCUGGCCAAUCAGCUCUCACCGUCAUAGAAUCGAUUCCCGUUGACGAAACGUUCAAGCCAGCACUCCCUAUAACAAUUACCAAAUGCGGUGAACUAGUCUUACAGAUCAGACCCAAAAUAUCAGAUUUGAACCAAAAUCUCGAAUCAAGCAAGGAGAAGGACGAAACAGGUUCUCUCAGAUCGUACACUGAAUCCUCUGAGGAAGAUGGAAUCGUCACGCAGAUCGAUAAAUCCCAAUCUAAAAUCUACGAUGAAGAAACAAUUCUCAAUGAUAGCUCACAAAAUGCUGCCAGUACACAACAGCCUCCCGAAAUUCCCAAAAAUUUCCUUCUAAGAAGUUGCCCGCUCGAUUUCGAAACGAAUGGUGAUUCAAGUGCCAAAGACGCACAAUUGCUAGAGAAAUCAGAAGCCAUCUUGAAAAUAUUGACCGAUAAAACCCAUUCAAUACCCUAUGCCGAUGAUGAUGCCGAGAACCGGGCUAAGAUAAAAGCCCUAAAGAGCAUGUUCUCGGCCCACGUCCCAAAUCUUGAAUCCCUAGCUGGCGACAGCUCUAGUCGUCAUCGCGAAAGCGAUCACGAUCGAAAUAGAAACAACAGGGACAAUUAUGAGAGAGGGCCCAGGCGUCGAAGCCCAUCCAGGGAAAGGAGGUACGAUGACCGACGUAGAAAAGACAACUUUUAUGAUUCAGUCGACAAAUAUUACGAAGAUCGAAAAAAUAGACAAUCAGAGAACACGAGAAGCCGAUACAGGCCAGAUUCCCCUCCAGCUUCAUCUUAUAGUGCUAAGAAGAGAAUUCCGCAACAUAUACUGAAGAAAUUGCGAGAAGCCCGGCACAACAGUCGGAGUCGAUCCCGAGGCGAUACGCCUCCCCACUGGAAGGAGGCCCAAAAGAGAUUGAUCAAACUAGACCAGCUGAUCAACGCCCCUCCAACUCCUCCGCGUCAGGUUAAGUUGACAUCUGAAGCUCCUAACAAGAGCAUUCCUUCAAAAAUUCACGCACCUCGCGAUGAAGAAGAUGGCCAAGAUUUUUACCACAAAUUUUACGGGGCCAAACAAACUGUCGCUACCGUCGAAACUUCAUUCAACUCACCCGAGGACCAGGUGGACGCCGAUCACGACAAGAGGCAGAAAAUGUUACAGGCCUUUUGGCCCGAAGGUAAGCCACAACCUAUUCCCCAAGAAGAGACUGCUGUCUCGCAUGCUGUAAAAGUUAUAAGUUCUUCUUUCGAUCAUCUAUCUACUGUCAAGUCCAGAGUGGAAAGAGCGACUACUAAGAAUAUUGAAAAGAAGAGUGGCGAGAAGCGGGAUCGAGGCGGACAUCAUCAUAGGCAUCAUCACGGUCGCUCCCAUCAUCAUCACCACCACCGCGAAAGGCAUCGACACGAGCAACCUAAGACUCCAAUCAUCGCUUCUUAACACUCCCCUCCACCUAUGGUAUUAUAACUUAAGCCCCUUAUACCCAACCAUACUUCCCUCAAGAUUAUUCCGAAAAAAUAUUAUCUUAUAUUUAAUAUAUAAGAUUUUCACUAAUUAUCAUCAGUUAUUCAGUAUCCCUGUUUAUUACAAUAUAAUCAUACCUAUAAAAAUGUCAUGAAUAAAAUUAUUUGCCCUGCAUAUUUUCCUAAAUCUAGCCCAUACUACAAGUUUCAUAAAAGAAAUGGUCCUUUUAUAACUAUCAUCUAUGAUACCUAUAUGAAUAACGGUUAACUGUGAUUAAUAAAGCAAACAUUAUUCUUUAUAAUUCUAACUUAUACACUUUAUUUUGACUCUAUCUUCUUAAUUUGCAUCGCUUAUAUACUUUUAAUAUCUUUAUAUUGCUACGGUAUACAUAUAUUUACAAUUACUGAAUAUAUUCUAUCUAUUUCAUAAUACAAUUUGUUUCUUAUUAUUGAAAUUUACUUUUAUUUUAUAAUAAUUAUU